UUUUAGUGGCAAUAUCAUGCCAUAAAUGUCCGACAUCGGCAUUUCACAUACGUGUUAUGUUUAUUUUAUUUGUACUCUAAUUGGUUUUAAGAAGUUAUCUGCUGCAUAAAAAUGAAGUAUUUAUAUUUAUUAUUUAUUUUUUGGACUAUAGUUAAUUGUGACGAACAUACACAUACAUAUAAAGAUGGUGAACAAGUGGUGCUCUGGAUGAAUACAGUAGGGCCGUAUCACAAUCGCCAAGAAACGUAUGCAUAUUUUUCAUUACCUUUUUGCGUAGGUACUAAAGUUACCAUUGGACAUUACCAUGAGACCUUAUCUGAAGCACUACAGGGAGUCGAAUUGGAAUUCAGUGGUCUUGACAUCACUUUCGGGGAUAAUAUACCGGCGCAGCAAUUUUGUGCCAUUGAACUAAGUGAUCAAUCCUACAAAGCACUCGUGUAUGCGGUUAAGAAUCACUAUUGGUACCAAAUGUACAUAGACGAUCUACCGAUAUGGGGAACAGUCGGCGAAAUUGAUGGGGACCAUUAUUACAUUUGGACUCACAAGAAAUUCGACAUUGGAUACAAUGGCAACCGAAUUGUGGAAGUGAACCUUACAGCUGAGAAUAAGGAGCUACUUACACCCGACGCGAACAUUCCGUUUACUUAUGAAGUUAAUUGGAAGAAAAGUAAAAUCAACUAUGAAGAUCGUUUUGACAAAUAUUUGGAUCCAAACUUCUUCCAGCAUCGCAUUCAUUGGUUCAGUAUUUUUAACAGUUUUAUGAUGGUUAUAUUCUUAGUAGGAUUGGUUUCUAUGAUACUCAUGCGAACACUCCGAAAAGACUAUGCAAGAUAUUCAAAAGAUGAUGAUCUGGAUGAUUUAGAGAAGGAUUUGGGAGAUGAAUAUGGUUGGAAACAAGUCCAUGGUGAUGUGUUCCGACCUGUCCCACAUUUACCAGUAUUUUCAGCACUGAUUGGAAGUGGAUAUCAACUCACAGUGGUGACAUUAGCCGUUAUCAUAUUCACCAUAUUUGGUGAACUUUACACUGAAAGGGGCUCUUUACUUUCCACAGCCAUAUUUAUCUAUGCUGCCACAUCUCCUGUAAAUGGAUACUUUGGAGGAUCUUUGUAUGCUAGGAUGGGGGGUAAGCUUUGGAUAAAACAGAUGUUGCUAUCAGCAUUUUUGUUACCUGUGCUGGUUUGUGGUACAGCUUUCUUUAUCAACUUCAUUGCCAUGUACUAUCAUGCAUCUAGGGCAAUUCCGUUUGGUAGUAUGAUAGCUGUCAUGUCCAUUUGUACUUUUGUUAUACUACCUUUAACUUUAGUAGGAACAGUCCUUGGUCGCAAUUUAGCAGGUCAGCCUGAUUAUCCUUGUCGUAUUAAUGCUGUUCCAAGACCUAUUCCAGAAAAGAAAUGGUUUAUGGAACCUUUAAUAAUCAUUAUUGUAGGAGGAAUAUUACCAUUUGGUUCAAUCUUUAUUGAAAUGUAUUUCAUCUUUACCUCAUUCUGGGCAUACAAAAUUUACUAUGUGUAUGGAUUUAUGUUGCUGGUAUUCCUAAUUUUGAUGAUUGUUACUGUCUGUGUUACCAUUGUUUGCACUUACUUUUUGUUGAAUGCUGAAGAUUAUCGUUGGCAGUGGACUAGUUUCCUCUCUGCUGGUAGUACCUCCAUCUAUGUUUACUUGUACUCUUUCUAUUACUUUGUUUUCAAAACAAAAAUGUAUGGGCUUUUUCAAACUGCAUUCUACUUUGGCUACAUGGCUCUAUUCAGCUUAGCUCUGGGUAUUAUUUGUGGUACUGUGGGGUACAUUGGCACAAGCAUAUUUGUCAGGAAGAUUUAUUCAACUGUUAAGAUCGAUUGAAAUGUUGUGAUUAUAUUUGAGGGUUUUGUUAGAGAAGAUUGUAAUUUCAACUCAUUGGGAAUGUAACAACACAAAGCAAUCAAAUUAACAGAUAGCAUUUAUAAUUGGUUCAAACUUGUGUAAAUUUAAGUGUCAAUCAGAAUAAUUUCAAAUUAAAAUGUUGAAUACAUUCCUUAAAAAAUGAAGAUUGUGCUACACAGCAUUUAGAUUAUUCUAAUUACAUACUAAUAUUAGGCACCUACUUUAAACUCUUUACAAAUGAAAAUAAUAUAAUUGUAAUAAUUAGAAUUCUUCACUAUGGAAAUUAUUCAUACAUUAAAAAUGUUAUUAAAUGUUGUAUUCAAAUCUAUUAUUUAUCACUGCCAUGAUAUGUUUUGUCAUGUUUUCAAAUUAUACAAUAUCAUCAUAAUAGUAGACCUACUAUGUAUGUAAGUAUAUUACCUUGUACUUGUACUCUAAUCUUUUCCGUUGUUUACAUUGUGUCCUAUAAUGUUUUAAGUGUGAAAAAAAUUAUAAAUUAGUAGUUAAAUUGUAUGUAAUGUAAAGCUGAAGUAAAUAGAACAUGUAGUUUAAUAAUGCUGCUAACUAUGAGAGUAUUAAAGCUAAGAGCUCUGAAAGGUAUAUGUGACAUUUCAAGUUAUUGUGGUAUAAUUUAGUCAUAAUGGUAUGCUAAUAUAAUAUAAAUAAACUACACAUUAUUAUGUUUAUCUAGAGUAAUUUAUGAACUGGCCAAUUUGUUCUGUUAUCCAUUGUAUUUUUAUUAUUGUUUUAGUCAUUAUAAUAUGUAACUAUGAUCCCUAAAUUACUGUCAUGCUAUUGUAAUUGUGUGUAAAUAUUUCCCAGUCUUUCUAGUGUAAAAUUAUUAUAUCUUAGUGUUACUGGUACUUCACUGAUAGUGUAAUGACUGGUGGUAUAUUUAUAGUAAAUAUUUCUCUAAAAACUAAAUCAUAAGUUUGUAUGUUUAGUUAUCAAAUAUAAUAAUAUAUUAUAUUUCAUUGCAGUUUUAGUUUUAACAUUAAAAGUUACAGAAAUGUCUCAAAAACUACUAUCAUUACGUUGUGCUGAUGUCUAACUGGCUUAAACUUUGUAAAUACUAGGGCAUUAAUACUUUAAUUAAGAAUACCUAAGUUCUGGAACUUUAUUGCGAUUCUACCAGUUCGCCAUUUUAACAAAUUAAUGUCACGACAAAUUUACAACAUGUAUGCCAUCCAAUUCUCUUGUAACUAUUUUGGCAUAAAAUAAAGACGAAUAAUGAUA